AUAGCUGAUGCAUAUCAAGUGACAAUGGCAGAAGAGGUGAAGCUAAUAAACUCAGGGCCAAGUCCUUUUGGUCUGAGGAUAAUUUGGGCACUAAAGAUGAAGGGCAUCCAAUAUGAGUCAAUUGAAGAAGAUCUCUCCAACAAGAGUCCUUUACUUCUCCAACAUAAUCCAAUUUACAAGAAAGUUCCAGUUCUGCUGCAUAAUGGAAAACCAAUUGUGGAAUCUCUAAUCAUUCUUCAAUACAUUGAAGAAACUUGGAAGCAAAAUCCUUUGUUACCUGCUGAUCCUUAUGACAGAGCCAUGUCAAACUUCUGGGCAAAAUUUGGUGAUGACAAGGUUCUUCCAUCAAUAUGGUAUGUAUUUAUAAAGAAAGGCAAAGAGCAAGAGGAAGCCAAAUGUGAGGCAUGGGAGAAGUUGAAAUAUUUAGAAGAAGAGCUAAGAAGAGGAAAGAGAUUCUUUGGUGGGGAAACUAUAGGAUUAGUAGAUAUUGCAUUUGGUUGGAUUGUUAACACUGUAAAUGUAUUGGAGGAGCUGAUUGGGAUUAAAGUGAUUGAUGGAGAGAAGUUUCCAUUGCUGGUUAGAUGGAUGAAAGAUUUCUCAGAGUCUCCUGUCAUCAAAGAAAACUGGCCACCUAGAGAUGUGCUCAUGUCCAUUUAUGCUGAUUUUCUUCAAAGUUGCCAUUCUAAUUGAUUAAUGACUAAGCAUGCUCUCUUCUCAAAAAUAAAUAAAUAAAUAAAGUGCAUGUAAUGUUUAAUUUUAUAUAAUUUUUAAAUUCAACUUGAAGAGCAAUUUCUUUUUUUUUU